AACAAUAGUGAUUGUUUACCUCCAGACUUGAGCCUGGUCUCCACCACCAGAAGACCUCUCUGUCUCUGUCUCUGUCUCCACAUUUACCUACUUUUUAUUUGAUCUUACCCCACAAUGAAUUUCGACCAGAUCCUCUCCGCCGUGGGAGGUUUCGGUAAAUACCAGAGAAUUCUCUACGUGUGGAUUUGUUUGCCUCAGAUCCUGCUCGCCUUCCAUAUGAUGGCGAGCAUCUUCACGGGAGCCACGCCGCCGCAUCACUGCCGACACACCGGCAAUCAGAGCCUGUCUCCGGGCACAUUCAGCCCGAACUUCAGCCUCUCCAACGAGUCCCCGUGCGUACUCAACCGGACUGGCGAUGAGCGCGCGCCGUGCGCCCAUGGGUGGGUGUACAGCCACGAGACAUUCCAGAGCACUACUGUCACUGAGUGGGACCUGGUGUGCGACAGAUCUGGACUAAACAGCCUCGGCUCCUCCAUCUACAUGUUUGGUCUGUUGGUGGGAGCUCCGGUGUUUGGAGCCAUGGCUGACAGGUAUGGCCGGCGUUUUGUCCUGCUGCUGUCCAUCGCUCUGCAAACCGUGUUUGGAGUCGCCGUCGCUUUCGCGCCCAACUUCCUCGUGUACGUGUCUCUCCGCUUUGCCGUCGGCACCACGAUAUCCGGAGUCAUCAUCAACGCCUUCGUCCUCGGCACUGAGUGGACGUGCACUAAGAGACGCAUGCUGGCCGGCAUCCUCACAGACUACGCCUUUGGACUGGGCUACAUGCUGAUAGCAGGCGUAGCAUAUCUCAUACGAGACUGGAGAAAGCUGCAGCUGGCCAUAUCAGCCCCAGGCUUCCUCCUCAUAUUCUAUAUAUGGGUGGUGCCUCAGUCCGCCCGAUGGUUGUUGGCCAAAAACAGGAGAGACGAAGCCGUCGCUCUCCUCCACGAGGCCGCACGUGUUAACGGCAGAGUUUUACCUCCGGCUGCACAGAACUGUGAGAUUUUAGGUGAGGAGAAGCGAAGUCACUCUGUGGUGGAUCUGGUUCGAACACCUCAGAUGAGGAAGAGGUCCCUCAUCUUGUUCUACCUCUGGUGUGUGAACGUGCUGGUGUACUACAGCCUCUCACUGGGCGUGUCCAGCUUAGGGACCGACCUCUACCUGACCCAGUUUGUCUUUGGCUUGGUGGAGAUCCCGGCGCGUUCUCUGGUCCUGCUCACGCUGCCCUUCAGCCGCCGACUCUCCCAGAGCGGCUUCAUGGCAGUGGGAGGCGUGGCCUGUCUGCUCAUACUCACGGUCCCUGCAGAUAAUCCUAAUCUCCUGGCUGGACUCGCUAUGGUUGGGAAGUUUGGCAUAACGGCUUCCAUUGCUGUCAUUUAUGUGUACACUGCUGAGAUAUUCCCCACGGUGUUACGGCAAACAGGAAUAGGCAUCUCGUCUAUGUUUGCCAGAGUGGGCGGCGUGUUGGCGCCCGUGAUCAGCAUGCUGAGCGUCCACAGCCCCACGGCCCCUCUGGUCAUCUUUGGUACGUCCACACUGCUGGGAGCUGCGCUGGCCCUGGCCCUGCCCGAAACUGCAGACAGACCUCUACCUGACACGGUGGAGGACGCCGAGAACUGGGACACGAGGCCUCACGUCACCAAGGACAACCGUGAGAUAUGCGAGGGUCUGAGCCAGGUGGCCAAGAGCACAGAGGAGGAGGAGCUGCGACGUCUAGCGAGCCAGACGUGACAUUGACGUUCAUAACAUGUUGUUCACAUGUCUCAAUACUUUACAUUCACUUCAUGAGAAUUGGGUUUAAAGCAAUUUUUAGUUAGUCAAUCUGUGUUGAUCUGAAGAACGAGAUUAGAGCUUUAGAGCCUAAGCAGACGGUCACUCCCUCUUAAAUGCAGCGUGUAUCAUCGUAAUCUGUCGAUUAUCUCAGGGACUUUUAUUCUUCAGGAGUUUAAGGAUUUACUGCAGAUUUGGCAACUCAUAAAACUCUUUUUAAUACUGUU